GCAGCAGCUGCCCGACCGGUGCUCAACUUGAAGCAAUCCUCCACACAAGUGACGCGAUGACUACUCGAAACGGAUGAAAUCGAGAUCAAAUGUCGGGGGUCAGACGACUUGCCCGCUCCGAAUCUUUUCACACGGCUCGUCAAGCCAUUACUCAAGCCACCAUACAAAUCAGCCAAUCUGCAAGCAAGCACCCGCGCAUCACCAAAUCGUCAGGCAACCACAUUUCUCAGGUAUCGACGGACGAAACUUCAACACCACGUUGGCGCUUCGCGAUACUGACGUUUGCGGACCAAAAUUUCAUCCUGCCUACCUAUCAUGAUGGCAGAAAGGAGUCACGUACAUGGAUACAAUUUAUCCAUAGAGAGAUUUCAAGCCUUCUAUUGCUUGGCUUGCGACGUAUCCCACUUCCCGUAAGAUCCACGAAAAAUUGGAAGGAUCGAUGCGUGCGGAGCGCUUGGCCGCGGAGCUGCAGUCUAGAAUCUAUCCAUGGUUUUCUGAGCGCAAGGCCAGCGUAUGGUCUUGGCUUGCGCUCCGCCCUUCAGCGCCAGGCCUUGGGACACUCCCAUUCUUGAUACCGUGUUCUGCUGGCUUGACAGCAAUCUGGGUAGCUGCACCCGGUCAACGGAACUAAUGUGGCACGGCGACGUGCAAGCCUGAUUGAUACAGCGCCCGCUGUUGUGCUUGCACACGAAGAAUGCGCCAAGGGCACUAGGCGGCCUAGCGUUGCAGAGAAGGGACGAAUGUUCGACCGAUUCUGCAUACGAAAACAGGCUAGUGUGACCUCAGCCCUUUUCCAAC